UUUAAUUUCCUUAUUCUUAUUAUUCACGACCAAUGCAUCUUAAAUGUGCCACAAAAUUGAAGAAGAAUUGACAACGGCUCAGCCUCCAUUAAUUUCCGUUAUUAAUUCUGUCUCUGCAGAGCCAUUGUCGUUAUUUAGAAAGCCAUAAAAGAAAAUGUUUUCAGGACAUUAAAAAUCUUGCCUUUGAUUUUUCAACUUCUUUUGGGUUCAAGCGCGCGUGUCUUUCAUGGGCUGCGCCACCUCAAAAUUUGACCAGCUUCCGGCUGUCUCUCUAUGCCGCGACCGCUGCAACUUUCUCAACGACGCUCUCCAACAAAGCUACGCCCUUGCCGAUGCACACGUGGCAUACAUGCAGUCGCUCAAGACACUUGGCCCCACUUUCCACCAUUCUUUCGAUCAAAGUCUCAAAUCUACGUCCGUCGAUGACUCCGCCGUGUCCACCGAGAAACAGCCGAAGCAACCUUCUCCUCUUUCCUCGCCGAACCGUUCUCUCUCGAGUUCAAACUCAGAUUCACAUAUUCAGUUUGAUACUGAUUCAGAAGAGGAUGAGACAGGCAAAGAUUUUAUUACAUCUUUUAACCAAAUCCAUCCAAAUUAUCCUAAUCACGGAAUCCUAACAUCAUAUUCUUUGCCUAAUCAUAAUUAUCAUGCUAAUACAUACCAAAACAGCGAAUUCAGUGGCUCAGGCUGGAAAACACCGCCACCUCCGGCUCCGAGGAGCGCCGCUUGGGAUUACUUGAAUUUUUUUGAUGAAAUUUACGAGAGAAACGAGUUACCUUAUUCUUCGAGCAAAGCAGUGAAGAACAAAGAAGGAAUUCAUGAUCUUGAAGCGAAUCUAGUAAAACAAAUUCAUGGAGAUGAAAAAAGAGAAGAAAAUCCGAGCGGAGAACCUGUUCCAGUAAAGAACGAUGAUGCAGAGAAUAAGAAGAAAGUAGAUUCGGAGAUGGAGAAGGUUCAAAAGAGGGCUGAUUUAAAUGAACCGAAAAUUCAAAGCGGUAAACAAAGUGUUUCAGAGGUAAUGAAAGAAUUACAAGUCCUUUUUGAGAAGGCUUCGGAGUCCGGGAAUGAAGUUCUGAAAAUGUUUGACACUGGAAAUUUUCGUUAUCAUCACAAAAAAUCUAUUUAUCAAGGUUCUACGAAGAUUUUUCAUAUGAUUGCUUCAAAUUCAUCGGAAACAGAGUCCUUACUAUCCAAAGAUAAGGUUACUUCUGUGGAUAAUGAUGAGAUUGUGAGUUCAGUCAAUCUGUCUUCUACUCUGAGGAAACUGUGCAUGUGGGAGAAGAAGCUCUAUGAUGAAGUCAAGGCUGAGGAAAAGCUGCGUAUAAUUCAUGCAAAGAAGUGUGGACAGAUGAAAAGUUUUGAUCAGAAGGGUGCUGAUGCUCGCAGAGUUGACUCCACACGAACUUUGAUUAGGGCCUUAUCUACAAAGAUGAGAGUUGCAAUUCAAGUUAUUGACAAGAUAGCGAUUACUAUUAAUAAGCUGAUGGAUGAAGAGUUGUGGCCACAGAUCUUUGAACUGAUUAACAGAUUGUUUGGAAUGUGGAAGGUAAUGCUAGAAUGCCACAGCUGUCAGUGCCAAAAGGUUAUGGAAGCCAAAUGUUUGGAUGUCAUUGCUCUGAAUGGAAAGCUUAACGACGCUCAUCUUGAAGUGGCAAUAAAACUAAAGCUUGAGCUUGGAAACUGGAGCCUUAGCUUCUCUAGUUGGAUUGAAGCCCAGAGGGGCUAUGUUAAAGCUUUGAAUGGUUGGCUACGAAGAUGUCUCCGAUAUGAACCCGAGGAAACAGCAGACGGUGUAUCACCUUUUUCUCCUGGUAGAUGGGAGGUACCCCCUGUAUUUGUGAUCGUUAACCAGUGGUCGGAAGCCAUGGAUAAACUGUCAGCGGAGGAAGUAGUCGAAGGGAUGCACGGACUUUUCAUGAGCAUAAACCAAGUGCUGGAACAGCAUAAUGCAGAUCUGCAACAAAGGAUUAUUGCUGAUAAGGAUAUGGAAAGAAAAGUAAAGAUCUUGGAAAAAGAGGAGCAAAAGAUGAAAAAAAUGAUGCAAGCUCGAGUGAAAAAGAUGACACUGUUGGCAAGGGAAGAAAGUGCUGCCCUUUUACCUAGAGAAACCACACGUGGCAGUGAUAUUAAGGAUGCUACUAGUUUACAGUAUGGUCUAAAGCAGAUUUUCAUUGCAAUGGAAAAGCAUGCUACCCAGUCCAGGCAAGCUUACGAGGAGCUUCAAAAAUACAUUGAAGAGGGCAGGGCCAGCCAAGAUAACCCCGAAUGUCUUUAUCAUGGUUAAGGACUUUAGGUACACGGCCUGCUAAAUUACGUAAUUAUGAAGGGUUAAUUAUUAUUAGUUGAAAGAGCUUAUUGAUCAUUUGUGGUUUUGUCAGCAUAAUUAUCCCUAAAUUUCCUUGUGAUGUCAUUUCCCGAGUCACAUCUGUGCAGCCUGAUGGUUCUGAAUGCUGAGGGUGUACUUACCUAUUGCCUUCCAUUUCUGAAAGUCAACUAUCUGAAUUCUAAAGCAAUGGUCCGUAGGCAGCUUCAACCCCAUUUGUCGUUUUUGUUAAGAUAAGGUUUUGAAUUUUGGGUUGAGCAAUAUUUGAUAAAAGCAUCCAUCCUUAUCGUCAUCAGCUGCAGGUUUAUCGUUUAAAAGUUGCCAAGCCGCUAAAUGAAAAAAAGUUCACACUGUUAUCUAGUUUUAAGUGUCAUAUUCAUUAUAUAGGGUCCUAAUUUCUCGUGAUAUGCUUGAUUGUAUUUUGUCUCAGAAUUUUACCAAUGUGCUUUGUUAGCGACUUUCGACAUUAGCUGCACUGUAUCCUUGCCAGCAUAUUAUUAAUUUAUUAUUUUUUGUUACA